AUGUGUCAAAUAAAGAUGUUAGUUAAUCUUUUUUAUCUUAGUCUGGAAGAAAGCAGUAAAUCGAAAAAUAAUUUCGUCAUACCUAUGGUGAUGGAAAGGAGUUGGAGAUUUGAGCGUUUAUUGCAACUGAAAAACGAAGGCAAACUUGAUGAAGAAGAGUUGGCCCAGUUACGAUCAGACACAUUGGAUGGUUUGAAAAACAAAACUGGCAGCAGUGUAGAUGCUGAUUAUGAUUCUGUACCAAUUGAAAUGUUUGGUCUUGCUUUAUUGAGAGGCUGUGGUUGGCGCGAAGGCGAAGGCAUCGGGAAAACCAAUAAACGGGUAGUUCCUCUACGAACAUCACACAAUAGACCAAAAGGAAUUGGACUGGGUAUGGAAGUUUCGAUGACAAAACAGAUUGACAAAAAUUCAAGUGCAAAAAAAUCAAAUGUUCUUAAGAAUUCUUCAUUUGUGAAGAUCACGAAAGGAAUCUAUAGGAACUUGUAUGGUAAAGUAGCGAGUUUCGAUGAAGACAACGCAAGCGUUAUCGUCCAGCUGGAUUUGAAUGGCAAGAACGUUCGCGUUAGUCAGUAUGCACUAUUUGUGGUCAAUAGUAAAGAAUAUGAGAGAGAAACUAAAAAUUUUAGUAACGGUGUCAAGCAUUUCAAAGAUAACGUCAGAAGAGAAGAAUGUGAAAUGAGUAUGUUGCUGAAGAAAGAUCACAAAAAUAAAAAAUGUGAAACUAUUAAUCAUGUGUCUAAGCAAGAAAUGUGGGCACAACCAGAAUUAAAAGUGAGAUUCAUCAACGAAAAAUUCAAGGAUGGAAAACUGUAUAAAAAGAAAGUUCGGAUUGUGGAUGCCUCAGAUCGUGAGAAUUGCAUCGUGGAAGACUGCGAUGGGAAUACAUAUUAUCAAAUCAAUGAAUGCUGGCUAGAAACAGUUAUACCAAAAGCAAAGGGUGGACGACUGAUGAUUGUAAAUGGUCCUUAUCGUGGGAGCAUUGCUGUGAUGGAAACUAGAGAUAAGAAAAAACAUACGGUUAUUGCCAGAUUGAUCUCUACGGAAGAGAUCGUAAUCAUGAGUUUUGAUGAUGUUUGUGAAUAUCUUGGAGAGAUUGAUGAUUUGUUAUAA